AUACCAAAUUAGCGGAUGUGACAAAGAGCGCGGCUUUAGUUUGUGGUUAAAUGACAGCAGGUGGAUAAUCAAUUCUUUAAAAAAAACAGUGGGUUGCUGACUUCAGUUGAUGCCAAAAACAAACAUAAUUCAUCGAUAAAAAUGGAAUUUCCUAUUGAAAUAAAACCAGAUGUCUUAAAUAUUUCUCCAUACCCUUCUGAAUCUCUUUGUGACAUUAAAAAUCUAAUUAAAUCAGAGAUUGAUGAUUUUACAGAACUUCAAAAUUGUGUUGAAACAAUUACUUACAACAACUAUUUAAAGUAUGGCAAUACUUUAACUUGUAACUUGUGUAACAAAAAAUAUGUUUCAAUGAAAUUUUUGAACACACAUUUGAGGCAGCAUUUAUCAGAUACGUCACUGGCUAGCUUAGCUCAGAUGGAAUCUAUUUUAGAAUCAAGAGGCAAAAGACAGAGUCGACAUGUAAUUAAAAAUAGUAGUAGUAAAAAAACAAAGACCCUUUUCAUUUGUGAUGUUUGUGGUAAAUCUUAUACACGCAAAUCUAGUUUGAACAUACAUUAUACCAAGCAUAAAAAACUGAUGAACUAUGAUUGUUAUGUUUGCCAUAAAGUGUUUUAUAGCUCAUUUGCUUUAAAAGAACAUAUUUUUUUGCACUCAAUUUUCACUAAUUCUUUAAAAAGUGGUCUUCCUGUUGUUUGCAACUUGUGUAACCAACAUUUUUUAAAAAUGGUUAAUAUAAAGCAGCAUAUGUAUAUGCAUUUAACAGAGAAACCUCAACCUAAAACAAAACCUAAAAAAAGGGAAAGAAAGAGGAAAGAGCCUUGCGUUUGUGACAUUUGUGGAAAAGUAUAUUCUCAUGAACGCCUUCUUAAAAAACAUUAUGUUGUGCACUCUAAAGUAAAGCCUUAUCUUUGUGAUAUUUGUGGUAAAUCUUAUGCUUCUAUUAGUUAUUUAAAUGAUCAUUAUAGAGGGCAUUCUAAUUCCAUCAAGAAACAACACACUUGUGAGCAAUGUGGUUUAGGAUUUUUACACAGACAUGCUUUAUAUAGACAUCGUUUUGUGCAUCUAAAAGAAAACACUUUCAAAUGUGUAGAGUGUGAUAAAUCCUUUUCUGCUCCUACUUAUUUAAAAAUACAUAAUCUUCGUACCCAUAUAAAAGAUAAAGUUUUUCCUUGUGAGCACUGUAAUAAAUCUUUUUUUUUAAAGUAUAUGCUUCAACGGCAUAUGAUUGUACAUACAACAGCAAGACCAUGUCUUUGCACUAUUUGUGGGAAAUUAUUUAAACGUAAAUCCAGUCUGCGAGACCAUCUCCUCCGGCAUAAAAAAAGAAAUCAGGUGCCUCUUAGUUGAUGUCUUUGUUAUUUAAACACCAUGUGCAUAAAGAUCCUUAUAUUAUUGAUCCUGAUGGUAAAUUAAUUUUGUUUAAUGGUUACAGAGUAUAUAAAUUUACAUAAUCUUGUGUAAACAAUUGCAAAGAAAAAGUCCCAAUCUUGUUAGUAUAUUUUGUGUCCAUGUCCACUGAAAAGAAAAAGAGAAUAUUACUAAAUGUGUUUAUAGACAAUUAAUUUUGAUCAAAUCCUGGCAUCGUUUUCCAUAAGAGUGAGUUGAAAAUGCAUCAUGUGUGUGAAAAUAUGAGAAUUUCUUUAAUUUCAUGGCAAUUUUUUUGUAAAUGAAUCUGUUUAAAUUUUGCACAUAAUAAGGAAGAAUCAUGAUGGUUAAUUUUGUUCAAGCAAGAAUCCUUUUUUUUAUGUUAGUUGACUGAUUUGCUUUUGUGUUCAUCUCUUUAAAAAAUAAGGAUCAACCACAAUGUAAUGUUAAUAAUACUUUGUACUUUUGUUGUAGCAUUUCUCUCUUCACUCUAUUAAAUUUGAAAUGUACUAAUUGACUGUGUGUUAAAUUGAACAUGAUUACUGCUGCACAAUAGGGUAUUGAUGUUUUUCCUGCUGACAAUAUUGUGUCCUGCCAUGAUUUCAUUGUGGCAGUCUAGGUUAGGGAUGGGUUGGAGGCAUUGUGGUGAUAGCAGGUUGCUAAUAGCAGCCAAUAAAAAUUGUAGCACUCAACUCCCAUUAGAAGCUGAUGCGUAUUUACUGAAAUAUUAAUAGGCUAUAUAUGUUACAACCAUUUUUUUUUUAGUAGUCUUGGUUUUAAGACCUUACUUUUAAAUGAAUGUUGAUCUCUCAAACCCACUUUUUAAAAAUUGUUCCACAACUUUUUAUCCUGCUUUUUACUUUUAGAACUUUUAGUAGGCUCUCAGUCUCAUGCUUACUUAUUAUUUAAUUGUAAAUUAAAUUAUAAUAAUAAUAUACAUUAUUCUCCUGUUCAAAGUUAUUUUUUCUAUUAAUAUUGAUUUUUUGGUUGUUGUGAAUGUUAGCUUUAGGUGGUCUCCACUUUGAAUAUGUGCAAAAUACUACACAAAAAGGAAAAAUCUAAAUUAUAAAUGGUAAUCAAUACCUUAGUCACUAUUAUAUCUCUUUGGUUGGGAUUUGCUACUGCAUUUAUGACUUUAAUAUUAU